ACAGAUGAGCGACCAGCCAUAACCAGCAGGCCCAGAAAACCAGAACCCUGGUCUGAUCAGAACCCCUUUCUCUCCCCCCGUUGCCGACUACUGACGCCCUGGGACCCGCCGUCACCAUGGAGACGGUGGUGAUCGUGGCCAUUGGGGUGCUGGCCACCAUCUUCCUGGCCUCCUUCGUUGCCCUGGUGGUGGUGUGUCGACACCGCUACUGCCACCCCCACCACCUGUUGCACCACUUCAACUCCAAGUCAGUGCCUAGUAUACCUAGCUAGCUUCAUACAUCUGGGAGGGGGAGGGAGGGGUGAGUGGCAUUUUGGAUGGUUAUGGAUAGGGCCCUGAGUUUGUCCAGACCAGGAAAACUCUUGACCCUAGUGAUGGGGUAUGUGGCCUAGGCCCUACAGUACAUUAGGUGGUGGUAAGGGGUCCUGGAUAUAGCUGAUUCAACUGUAUCCCACUCUUACCCAGGCCCAAUGGACUGACCUGCUGGUUUGAAGCUAUAAGUCUAUGGAUUGAACAGAGCGACUUCACAGCACUAAGGUCAAAAUGAUACACAGGAUUAAUACUAAGUCAACAUACAGGGGCAAAGUUCUAGAGCCAGUAAUAUCUCUUUGUCUCACUCUCUUGCUCUCUCGCUCUCUCUUUUCCUCGUGUUCCCUCUCUCUCAUACACACACACGCUUCUAUUCAGUAUACAUUCCCUCCCUCUCACACACUCUCUCUUCCCUUCAUCAGAACUUCUCCUCUCCUUCCCCACAGACCCAAUGUUGACCUGAUCGGUGCCAUGGAGACCCAGAGUGAGCCGUCAGAGCUGGAGCUGGACGACGUGGUCAUCACCAACCCUCACAUCGAGGCCAUCCUGGAGAACGAGGACUGGAUCGAGGAUGCCUCGUACGUCGGCCAUGUGACACUGACAUAUGCCAGGAGUAGAUCAGGCUAGCUUUUAUAGCUAAUCGUAUAGCCUUCCAUGGUUACAAGAGUAUAACUUCAACAUAAUCAUAACAUCAAGUUAAAAUAGGUGAUACAUCUCUGACAUGAUCAUACAAAAAUGAACCCUUAUUUACAGCUUUUCUCUCUUUAUCUAACAGUGGCUUGGUUUCGCAUUGUAUCUCCAUCUUAAAGGUAAUGUCUACGUGCUGUACACCCUCCAUGAAUACAUUGUUUUCAUUAUGAUCUAACUCAAUGAUAUUUACACACUCUCUCCAUUGGCAGAUCUGCCACACCCUGACUGAAAAGCUGGUUGCCAUGACAAUGGGCUCAGGCACUAAGGUGAAAGCCCCAGCCAGCCUCAGUGACAUCAUCAACGUGGCUAAACGCAUCAGUCCUAGGUAACUAUCAGGUUACACAGUACUAUCACAUAACCCUUAAAUUGGCUGACCGUUUGAUGUCCUUCAUGACCUCCCAUCAUCCUGUGUGUGUCUGUAGGGUGGAUGACGUUGUGCGGUCUAUGUACCCUCCACUGGACCCCAUACUCCUGGAUGCCAGGUACCUAAUGAAGUUUGCUUUUGUUAGAUAAUAUAAUUUAUAAUGGUUUGAGGGGACAAAGAUAGCUGGGCAAAUAGACAAUAUAGACCAUAGCUCUGCUGAUGGAACUCAUAUGAUAAGAGGUCUGACCUGACCAACAAAGUUACUAUAGGUGGGGAUGGUACAAUAUAACCCAUGAUAAUCAGACAGACUUGUGUGUCAGUGUUUCCCUGUCCAGUCUUGAUGGAGAAAUUCUAAAUAUCCUUUGUCUAUUUUGUCCCCUCAGGGCCACCGCCCUCCUUCUGUCAGUCAGUCACCUGGUGCUGGUGACCCGCAACGCCUGUCACAUGUCUGGCAGCAUGGACUGGAUCGACCAAUCACUGCACGCCGCCGAGGAUCACAUGGUGGUGCUGCGGGAGGCGGCGCUAGCGUCUGAACCAGAACGGAGUCUACCUGGAAUAGACAUGCAGAGAGAGCAGGCCAUCUAGAACACAAAGACACAUACAUACACACAUACACACAUACACACAUGUACUCACACAUUCACAUAGACACUGGCAAGCAUGGCACAUACACUCCUUCUCUAUACAUUAUACAAAUAGACACAUUAAUGCACAUCUCGUGCACAUUCUCACACAUACACAAUGUUUGAUAAACACACAAUAAAAUAAACUCAACACAUUCCCAAUGCUCUUUCCCGCUGCUCUUCUGUGCUGAUUUACAUACAGAUGGGUUGCCAGAUUGUAGAAAAGAGCUAGUUUUAGAAACAGACGGGUUGCCAGAUUCUUAUGCUCUUUUGCUCUUGAUCCUUUCACUUUUACCAUGUUUCUGGUUUUGUAUAUAGUUACGUAUAACCAUAAUGCAUUUUAUGAUUAUGAUUUAUAUAGAUGUUAUGUUCCACACUCAGAUUCAGAUUGUAUUGUAAGUAAGUGGAGAGAUCAUUGAGACAGGCUUGUGUGUAGUUGUUGCCAUGGAUGACUGGCCCCUUGAUAUUCAUUCCUGUGUGUCUUCCCUCUCCCAGCGGUGAGCUGUAA